CGAUUUGGUGUCACCUGCCUCUCCUCCCCUCAGCUGCAAUGUCCGAGACGCCGCCGGUCUCUCAGGCUGCUUCUGCCGCCCCCGAGAAGCCCGCAUCCGCCAAGAAGACCAAGAAGCCCGCCAAGUCCGCGGCGCCUAAGAAGAAGCCCGCGGGCCCGUCGGUGUCCGAACUCAUCGUGCAGGCUGUCUCCUCCUCCAAGGAGCGCAGCGGCGUGUCCCUGCCCGCCCUCAAGAAGGCCCUCGCUGCGGGCGGCUACGACGUGGAGAAGAACAACAGCCGCAUCAAGUUGGGGCUCAAGAGCCUGGUGAGCAAGGGCACCCUGGUGCAGACCAAGGGCACCGGCGCUGCUGGCUCCUUCAAGCUCAACAAGAAGGCGGAGGCCAAGACCACCAAGGUGUCCGUGAAGGCUAAGGCUUCGGCGUCCACCAAGAAGCCCAAGAAGACUGCUGGGGCCGCAGCCAAGAAGGCUGUCAAGACUCCCAAGAAGCCUAAGAAGCCCGCCGUCGCCAAGAAGCCUUCCAAGAGCCCGAAGAAGCCCAAGGUGGUGAAGGCUAAGAAGGUGACCAAGAGCCCGGCCAAGGCCAAGGCAGUGAAGCCCAAGGCUGCCAAAGCGAAGGUGACCAAGCCCAAGACCGCAACUAAGCCCAAGAAGGCGGCACCCAAGAAAAAGUGAACAGUUCGGUUGGAGGCUUCUUCCAGUAACCCAACGGCUCUUUUCAGAGCCACCUACCCAACUAUAAGAGCUUGGCACUGAUAGCCCCGCAGCCGGGCUACCUGGUACAGACCAGCUGCUGGUGCUAUGGAGUUUGAGUACACCUGGGACCCCUAGGGUAGUGAGGUGUGUCCCCCCAGCAAACUGACAGCAUAGCACCGGCUCGACCUCAAGCCUGUUCAACGGCGGUUCUGUGCCGUGCGGCCCAAGGUAGCAUUCGCAGCAGAACUUCAGAAAGUCAAGCGUCCACGACCUGUCACAAGUACAUGGGAGGACAAACCUAAAGGAUCCUGAAUUUAUGUCAGUCUUGGCUACACAGCUAUAGGGUGUCUUAAAACAAAUUAAGGGAUAGUUUGGUUGAUUGGUUGUUUUGGUUUUGAUUUUUGAGAAAGGGGUUUCUCUGUGUAGCCUUGGCUAUCCUGGACUCACCUUGUAGAUCAGGCUGGCCUGGUACUUAAAAAGAUCCACCUGCCUCUGCCUCCCAGAGUGCUGGGUUAACAGGUGUGUGCCAUAGCGCCUGGCUUGGUUUUGUUGUAAACCGUAAAAGUUGGGAUUUUGUUU